AUGGUGCUUUUUACUCGGUGUGAAAAGGCAAGAAAGGAGAAACUUGCUGCUAGCUAUAAGCCAUUAGUUGACUAUUUGGUUGAUUGCGACGUUUCCAUCUUUUUGGAGAGAAUCGAGACUAUCCAAGAGUGGGAUCGAUCAAGAGAUGAUCUCUACAUUUGGAUUCCCAUUCUAGAUAGAAUGGACGAACUCCUGUCAAAAGUAGCAGAAAAAUACGCCUACAAACAAGAUCAUAAAAAGGAGUGUGAAAUCAAACUAGUAGAAAUGGAAGGACAUGAUGUUAUCUAUUGUUUGAAAAUGCUACAAUUUACUCGCCGGUUACUUCUAAACACGGAAAACAGAUUUGUUUACUCCUCUGGAGAUGUUUUGAUGCAUCUGCUUAAUUGUCCAAAUUUUACAAUAAGAUUAGCGGUCAUGAGAAUUUUAGCCAUUUUAGGUGAAAGAUUUGUGAUUGCCAGAGAAAAGAUAGUGGCACAUAACAUAUUUGGCGAUCCUGUUCUCAGAAAAAAGACUCUCAAACUAGCUUUAUCCUUGUCGUCUUCUGUCAUGGAUGAAGAUGGAGAACAUUUCUCUCUUGUGGAUUUGUAUUUUGAUAAAAAGAAAGUACCUCAAAAAUGGAGAAAAUUGAGAUUUACACACUAUACUUCGAAUGGUUUCAAAAAGUCAAGUCAGCAAAGAAAUAACAUUAACGAAGCCCAAACUUCCAUUAAGAAAGUAACUAUGACAACUCAAGAAUUAUGUGAUCACUCGCUGCAGCAAAUAUUUGACAAGGGUAUGGCCGUUUUACCGUCAGAAAGUUGGUUCGAUUUUUCGGUAAAAGCCUCAGUAGCGAAAGCCUUCAGUGAUGAUUCAAGUGAAAAUAAAAAUUUAAGAAAUAUAAUCCUCGAAACUAAACUGAAUGCCAUUGCCUUUGUAAACACUAUUUUCUCGCCUCCUCAAGUAAGCUCGAAGUUAUUCGAAUUGGAUCCUUAUGCUUUUAAUAGUCUAACUGACUUAAUCUCAUUGUCUGAAACCAAAAUACCAAAGGAACUUAGAACAGAUGCUCUAUUCACAUUGGAAUGCAUUUCCUUGAAGCAUGUUUGGUGCUCAGACAUUAUUAGGAAUCUUGGUGGUAACAUAUCACAUGGUCUAUUGUUUCAGAUUCUGCGUUACAUUGCCAAGACAUUGAGAGAAGGAACAGGCGAAGUUGACGAAGAAUAUAAUGUGAGGUUUUUCUACUUGAUAUCAAACCUAGCCGAUGUUAAACCUUUGCAUGAAUCUCUGUUUGCAGCUGGUUUGAUUCCUACACUAUUGGAAAUCGUUUCCAUAAGAAACUGCUCCUAUAAGCGCACCUUAGCUUCUGCUACCCAUCUUUUGGAAACAUUUAUAGACAACAGUGAGACUGCUACUGAAUUUAUUGAAAAUGAUGGCUUUACUAUGUUAAUCACUUCAGUAGCCAAUGAAAUUGAUUUUACGCUUGAACAUCCAGAGACAUGGCAGCCGCCAAAGUAUUCCGUGGUUUAUUACUCAAUUUCUUUUAGAGAAUUGGCGUAUAUCAGAAGCUUGUUGAAGCUUGUUCUCAAAUUAUUGAGCACAGACUCAGGUGACAGGAUUAGGAAUUUGAUAGAUUCGCCCAUACUCCUUUCACUAAAGAAAAUCCUAGAGAAUAAGUUCGUAUUUGGCUUAACGUUAAUAACUUACACUCUCGAUGUGGUUCAAAAAGUAAUAAAUAGUGAGCCCACUAUUUAUCCCGUUCUCGUUGAAGCAGGACUUAUUCCCUAUAUUAUCAAUGAAUUUCCAAAGCUACUUGGACCCUCCGCCGAGUUAUUAAGUUUACUUCCGGACGUCAUUUCUGCGAUAUGUUUGAAUUCAGAGGGGCUAAACCAGGUUAAAGAAAAAGGCCUUAUAAACAAUCUGUUCGAUUUUUUACUUGAUGCAGAUCACGCGCGUAUAUUAACCGGUGGCGAUCGUUCCACUGAAUACGGUACUGACAUCGAUGAAUUAGCAAGACAUUAUCCAGACUUGAAGGCAAAUAUCGUGGAGGCUUUAUGUGACGUCAUAAGAAAAAUGCCAAGUGCUUAUAGAGAUGAAAGGGAGUUUCUCUUUACUUCACCAAAAGAUAAGAACUAUUUUUUUCAUGACAAAAAUGAGGAAUUACUUGCUGAUAAAGAGGAGCAUGAGCCCGCUUAUUGGGAGUUGCUAGAUAAAGGAACUAUGCUAGAUACAUUUACUAGUGUUCUGUUUGGGAUGUCUUUGGGAAAUGGUUCGUUCUCACAGGUCCCACAACAUUUAGAGGCAAGAGAUUUCCUGGCGAUUAUAUUUAUGGAAAAUCCACCCUAUGAAUACUUCACUUCUGUAGCAAUCUCGAAUGUUACUGAAGUUCUUCAGUAUUUGGAUGAAAAAUAUGAAGAUUAUGCUUUUAUGGACGUUAUGAAAACGCUUAAUGAUCAAUUAGGAGACUUGAGUGAAUUUCUGAACAGUCCGAACGACACAAGUUUUUUCAUGGCAAAAGAUGGCAAUAAUUCCGUGCGUUCGUGUCACUCAAAACUUUGUCGGCUUGCCGCUAUUUUGAACAUUGUUACAAAUGUGUAUAUUGAUCUUACAACCCUUUCAUGUAAGAGAAUCAUGCAGAUCUAUGAUUAUUUCAAUAAAAAGGGAUUCUCUUUAAUCAAGAACUUAAAAUUAUUAUUCCAAAAAUGUGCAUUGGAGGAAAUGUACUUACGUCAGCAUAUGCCAGAUUAUGUUAUAACUGAAACGAUGCCAUUGCCUAUAGUGGACGUUUCGGGAGAUGGUCCACCACUCCAAAUUUAUAUUCAUGAUCCAAAAAAAGGUGAUCAUAAGGGAAAAAUUACUAGCAUAAAAACAAGAAACACCCUUCAAGUGCGGACAAUACUGUAUACGUUGCAAUCAAAUGCCGCAGUUCUAUUCCGUUGUUUUUUGAGGUUAAGUCAUUCUAGGAAUAUGGACCUGGAGCAUAAAGAUUUGACCACCGAAAUUCAUAUCUUCGAAAACGUUGUUGGAAAUGUUAUAGAAAUGCUAAAGAUUAUUGAACUUGAAGACCAUCUGCCGUACUUUCUCGUUCUUUUAAACUUCAAUACCUUUGUGUUUACUAUUCCAAAGGCUUCUCCUAAUUCUACCGAAAUUCUACAAACAAUACCUGCUUACAUUUUUUAUCAAAGGGGAGGAUAUUUGCUUUAUUUGCAGAUUAUAAGGGAUCUGUUCACGAGAAUGACAAAAAUUAAAGAUUUUUCUUCCCUUGAUAAUAUAAAUUACAUAGACGAGUCCAACGGUGUUCUGACCUUGAGCUGUCUAAUAAAUGCUCUAACCUUUUGCAAUAAAUCGAUGCAAACUGAGACGAUGGAAAAUGUUCAAAGUAUCGGUAAGUAUUACGUUUCAGUAGAUGAGGAUUAUAAUAUCAUGAAAGCACUUACCGUUCCUAUCAAAGUAAUGGCACUAGCAAUGAUUUUAGAUUUGGAUAAGUCAGACGGACUUUUCAAGACACAGUCCCGCAAUGUUCCUUAUUCUGUAUUCAAGCAACUUCUCAGUAUGUUGAAGAAUAUAUUUACCACUGUCAACAUUUAUACCAAAGAAUUGUAUGAAUUGCAUUGGGACUUAGUAUUCCCCCCAGUUAAAAAAAUAACCUUAUUCGAACAAGUCGGAAUACCCGGCGAUGUUGCAGCAAACUAUUUGACAGAGACUGGAGAUGAUCUUCCUGCAGAUAACAGUAUCGGCCUUUUCUCGCCUGAACAAUGGGAAAAGUAUACGAAAUUGGUUGGCGAAGAUACGUCGAUGUUCUAUCCACAACCAAUGCAAGCACAGUAUCACGAGGGAUGUACUUCCAAAGAGCUAGAUGAAUUAAGAGAUACUUUCUUCAAUGAUGGAUUGCCAUCUAGGAUUUUUACAGUACUCCCCUUCUAUCCCAAACUUGUGAAUGCUUUCGCAAAGACUUUGCUACAAAUCUUCACAAAAUACGAUGAACCUACCGAAGUAUUUGCUGGUAAAAUAUUGGAUCGGAUCCUGGAAACAAAACUGGACGAUCCCGCCACUCUGUCCUCAUUGAUCCAUUUAUUCGGUAUAUUCCUGAAUGAGAAAUAUAUUUAUCAAAAGGCUUCGCAUUUAAUGCAAAGCUUCAUUGAGUAUCUUGAAAAAUCUCUAAAACCGGAACAUGUGAAUACUCCUUGGUUUUCGAAAGCUCUUUACGUUUACGAAAUCAUACUGGCAAAAUCAGAACUGCCUCAUUUUGAAGAGCUUUCUAAAGACGUUCUCUUGAGAUAUCCCUUACUUUCUAUGGCGAAAGUCUUCCGCAUACCAGAAUCUAUGAAACAGAAACUGUUCGAUAUACUAAUCAGGGUCUCUGAUAUUUCCAAUUUUUAUUCUGCAUUGGCAACAUCGCGUAUACUCAUUUUCUAUUCUAGAGACGAGCUAUAUGCCAAUAACAUAGCUAGAUCAGGUAUUUUAUCGCGAUUGCUAAAAGUGAUUGGAAGUUUCCAAAAACUAGACAAGAUCAACUUCCUAGAGUCGUCUUUCCUUUUAUUGACAAGAAGAUGUUUUGAAACGGCUGAAAAUGUCGAUAAUUUGAUGCGGGCGGAGCUUGACAGAAGCUUCACAGCAAAACCGCUAAGUGAUGGAGCCGAUGCUGUGCGUGAGUUAACAACGAUUCUGGAAGAAAAAGCGCAUGUAGUUAUGCGUAGUCCCUCCCAAUUUAUUGACAUUCUUUGCGAAACAGCCCGAUUCCAAGAAUUUGAUGAGCAAGGAGCUUUGCUUGACUACUCGCUGAAAAGAUUUUUGAAUGAAAAAGAUAAAAAUGCCGGAGUAAAUCCAGAUAAGGCAGAUAUUUAUGAGAGGACAGGGAUCAUGCAUUUGCUGUUAUCCCAGCUCAUGGCUGCUUCUGAAAAAGAUUGGUUGUCCGAACCGGCCAAUUCCUCAGACAUGUCUGAGAAUAAGAAAAACCAGUUGGAUCCAUCAAGAAAUCCUGUUUGUGCUUAUAUGAUCUUUCUUUUGAAGCUUUUAGUGGAGUUAGUAAGCAGUUACAACCAGUGUAAAUUUGAAUUUUUAACCUUCAGCAGAAGAAACACAUAUGCAGAACGCCCAAGACCAAGAACCACUGCUAUCAACUUUUUCCUCUAUAGGUUGUUAGACAAACCUGUUGGAACUGAACAUGAUAAGCACGAAGCUAAAAGAAGAGAAGUCGUUGGGAUGCUAGCCCGUUCCGUGAUUAUUGGCUUCUUAGCCACUGUUCAAGAUGACAAAACGACAAAGAGUGAGGUCAAGAUUAUUGAUCCUCAUAUGAACUUCAUCCGAAAAUUUGCUGUCGAAGCGAUAAUGAAAGCUAUUCGAAAUGCAACCUCUUCUUCUAAGCUUUUGGAAAGCAAUCAUCUAAAGUUGGAUAUGUGGUUCAGGAUUAUUACGUCAAUGAUUUACGUUCAGGCACCAUAUCUCCGCCAGCUCCUAGAUUCGAAUAAGGUUGAAGCGGAUCAAUACCAAUUGUGUAAACUAGUUAUUGAUCUUGGUCUUCCAUCAGUUAUCACAGAAGCUAUGGCUAGUAUUGAUUUAAAUUAUCCUUUCUCCAAAAAAAUUUUCAAUGUCGCUGUUGAAGCUUUGAAUACCAUCAGUUCGACAAGAAACAAUUUCUCAGAGCUCUUCAAGAUUGAAGAUCACGAUGAAGUCGAUGAUGAAGUCGAUGAGUCUGAUAAGGAAGAGAUCCCAGAUAUGUUCAAGAACUCGGCACUGGGAAUGUAUGACGUAGAAGACAUCGAGGAAGAAGACGAUGACGAUGACGACACAUCGUUAAUCGGAGAUGAUGACGCUAUGGCCUUUGUUGAUAGUGAUAAUGGGUUCGAAGUAGUUUUUAGUGAUGAAGACGAUGAUAUGGGAGAAGACGGUGAGGACGGUAUUCAUUCAAGUUCAGCGGAAAAUGAAUUAUCUUCAGGAAUGGAUUCAAGCACAACAGGUGGUACAGAUAUAGACUAUGAAGUCGAUGACGCGGAUGGAUUGAUUAUCAAUAUUGACCAACCAUCAGGAGAUGAUGAAGAAAUGGCUGAUUAUGAAGUCGAUGAUAGCCAUUCUUGUCACACCAACAAUGAAGAUGAUGGUUCUAUGGACGUAAUAGAAGUUUACGAGGACGAACUAAGCUCUGGAUACGACGUUGAUUUGAGUGAUUAUGACGUAGAUGAAUCCGAUUGGGACUCUGGAUUAUCAAGCUUGUCCAUUUCGGAUGAAGAACGUGAAAGUAGUGAGAACGAGCCUAUUAAUUCCACCAGAAUGGGAGAUUCAAGAAGAAGAUGGUUAAUAGCAGAAGGUGUUGAGCUAUCAGAUGACUCACAAGGAGAUAGUGAAGAAGAUGAUAGAGGUGUUUUCCGCGGCAUCGAACAUAUUUUUUCAAAUGAAAAUGAGCCUUUGUUUAGAGUUCAUGACGAAAUGCGUCAUAGAAAUCAUCAUCGCUCAGUCAAUCGCACGCAUUUUCAUUCUGCCAUGAGCGCUCCCUCUUUAAGUUUACUAAAUCGCGGAAGGAGAAAUCAAAGCAAUCUAAUAAACCCAUUAGGGCCUACUGGAUUAGAACAAGUCGAGAAUGAUAUUUCUGACCAAGUGACUGUUGCUGGUUCAGGUUCUCGCCCACGAUCUCAUCAUCUGCAUUUUUCGGAAGUUCUUGUCUCAGGUAGUUUUUUUGAUGAACCUGUUUUGGAUGGCAUCAUUUUAAAGUCUACCGUAUCUAGGUGGAAAGAUAUAUUCGAUAUGUUUUAUGACUCUAAAACGUAUGCAAACUGUAUCAUUCCUACAGUUAUCAACAGAAUAUACAAGAUCAGUUUAUGUUUGCAAGAGGAAUCAGAAAAAAAAAGCAAACAAGAAAGAUCAAAGGAUAAAAGUUCACUUUUCGACGAGCCAAGAUCAGAAAGUAUUACCAAUGCAGGUGAUAUAUCAGUUGAAGAGGAUAAUCCGCAACCAAGUACCGUUUCUCAUGAUGAUCAUGAACCUGUAUAUGUCACUAUUCAAGGCUCUGAAGUUGAUAUAGGUGGUACAGAUAUUGAUCCUGAAUUCAUGAAUGCCUUGCCUGAUGACAUAAGGGCCGAUGUCUUUGCACAACAUGUCAGAGAAAGAAGAGCGGAAGCCAGGCUCAAUUCUGAGCAUAAUGCACACUCCAGAGAGAUUGAUUCUGAUUUUCUGGAGGCGAUUCCUGAAGAUAUUCGGGAAGGAAUAUUAGAUACUGAGGCAGAAGAACAGAGAAUGUUCGGUAGAAUUGGCUCUUCGGCCAAUAUGGUUAGGACAGACGACGAUAUUAUCGACAAUGUUGACGAUGCUGAGAGUGGUUUGGACCAUGAAAAUGGUAAUGAUCGUAACAUUGUCGAAAAUGAGAAGAAAAAGCCAGCGAGAAUAUAUUUUGCUCCAUUAAUUGAUCGUGCUGGAAUCGCGUCACUGAUGAAAUCAGUGUUUAUCUCCAAACCCUAUAUUCAGCGUGAAAUAUACCACGAGCUAUUUUAUCGCUUGUGCUCUAGUAAGCAAAAUAGAAAUGACUUGAUGAACACGUUUCUUUUUGUUUUAAGUGAAGGUAUAGUGGAUCAACACUCUCUGGAAAAAGUGUAUAACAUAAUUUCUAGCAGGGCAAUGGGACAUACGAAAGCUGCCACGGUUAAGCAACUGCCUUCAGAUUGCACACCGCUUACAGUGGCUAAUCAAACCAUCGAAAUUUUACAGAAUUUGAUUGAUGCAGAUUCUAGAUUGAAGUACUUCCUCAUUGCGGAACAUGAUAAUCUGAUAGUGAACAAAGCAAAUAAUAAGUCUAGAAAAGAAUCCCUCACUGAUAAAAAAUUGAGGUGGCCUUUAUGGCAUUUAUUUUCACUUUUAGAUAGAAAGCUCAUCACAGAUGAGAGUGUACUGAUGGAUUUAUUGACAAGAAUAUUGCAAGUUUGUACUAAAACAUUGGCUGUUAUUUCUACCAAUUCGAACAGUAAAGAAAAUCUGAAUAAAAAGUUUCAUUUACCAGAUUUUGAUGAAGACGAUCUCAUGAAGAUUUUAUCCAUUAUUAUGCUUGAUAGCUGUACCACAAGAGUUUUUCAACAAACUUUGAAUAUUAUUUACAACCUUUCCAAAUUGAAAAGUUGUAUGACCAUUUUUACGAAACAUCUAGUUUCUUUAGGUGUCAGUAUAAUGAGUAAAUUAAAGGACGCUUUGGAUGGUUUGUCACUCGAGGUAAGUAGUAUAGCGAACGGAAUGGAGAUUAACUCAGAAUUGUUACAGAAAUUCACCCUUCCAAGUUCUGAUCAAGCAAAGCUAUUGAAAAUUUUAACUACAGUUGAUUUUCUGUAUACCCACAAAAGGAAAGAGGAGGAACGUAACGUUAAAGACCUCCAGUAUUUGUAUGAUCAAAUGAACAGUGGACCUGUGUGGUCCUCAUUGAGUGAGUGUUUGUCACAGUUUGAAAAGAGUCAAGCCAUCAAUACUUCAGCUACGAUCUUACUUCCGCUGAUUGAAUCACUAAUGGUGGUAUGCAGACGUAGUGACUUAAGUCAAAGUAGGAACACGGCAAGUAAAUAUGAAGAAGCCAAAUUACUAGAUUUUUCCAAGACACCAGUUGAAAACUUAUUUUUUCCAUUUACAGACGCUCACAAGAAGCUAUUGAAUCAAAUGAUUCGGUCAAAUCCAAAGUUGAUGAGUGGUCCCUUCGCACUUUUAGUCAAGAAUCCCAAGGUCUUGGAUUUUGAUAACAAGAGGUACUUUUUCAAUGCUAAAUUGAAGUCUGAUAAUCAAGAGCGCCCUAAAUUACCGAUUACUGUUCGCCGUGAACAGGUUUUUUUGGACUCUUAUCGUGCCCUAUUCUUCAAAACUAAUGAUGAAAUCAAGAAUUCUAGACUAGAAAUAACAUUCAAAGGAGAGAGUGGUGUUGAUGCUGGUGGUUUAACCAGAGAAUGGUAUCAAGUGCUGUCAAGACAGAUGUUCAAUCCAGAUUAUGCACUUUUCCUUCCUGUGCCAUCGGAUAAAACUACGUUUCAUCCCAACCGGACAUCAGGUAUUAAUCCUGAGCAUCUUUCUUUCUUCAAAUUCACUGGGAUGAUCAUCGGAAAAGCAAUUAGAGAUCAAUGCUUUUUGGACUGCCAUUUUAGUCGUGAAGUAUACAAAAAUAUUUUAGGCAGGCCAGUGUCAUUAAAGGAUAUGGAAUCUUUGGAUCCGGAUUAUUAUAAAUCAUUAGUAUGGAUUCUUGAAAAUGAUAUCACAGACAUUAUAGAAGAAACAUUUUCUGUGGAAACUGAUGAUUAUGGUGAACAUAAAGUUAUUGAUUUGAUUCAAGGUGGUAAAGAUAUAGUGGUCACGGAGUCCAAUAAACAGGAAUACGUUAAGAAAAUUGUUGAAUAUAAACUUCAAACAUCUGUUAAGGAACAAAUGGAUAACUUUUUAGUGGGCUUCUAUGCCCUGAUAUCUAAAGACCUAAUUACCAUUUUUGAUGAGCAGGAGUUAGAGUUGUUAAUUAGUGGUUUGCCUGAUAUUGAUGUCGAUGACUGGAAAAACAAUACCACUUAUGUUAAUUAUACAGCGACGUGUAAAGAAGUUAACUACUUCUGGAGGGCGGUUAGAUCGUUCGAUGCAGAAGAGCGUGCUAAACUUUUGCAAUUUGUAACGGGCACCAGUAAGGUGCCCUUGAAUGGAUUCAAGGAACUAAGUGGUGUCAACGGGAUUUGUAAGUUUUCCAUUCACCGUGAUUUUGGUUCGUCAGAAAGACUGCCAUCAUCGCAUACUUGUUUCAAUCAAUUAAAUUUACCUCCCUAUGAAUCAUAUGAGACAUUGCGCGGUUCUUUAUUGUUGGCGAUUAACGAAGGACACGAAGGGUUCGGUCUUGCUUGA